GAAUUUGGCGCUGCCACGGAACUUGCGCCCAAAAGAAAGCGAUCGAAAAACCCGUGAGAGCAAAGUGACAGAAAAAGCUGGAAAAUCAAACCACCAAUUAAUGAUUUAAUAUCGAAUUGUAGAAUUUACUAUUAUUAGAGUAUAAAUAUAGACGGGUCGAUUGAAAAUUUUGGAACUUGGAAAAAAUUAAUUUUGAGAAGUUACAGCAUAUUUAUAAUUGCAAUUAGAGACAUUAACUGAUUGCUAUUGAAAAAUUUUGAUUGAAAGAGUUAUAUAAUGGCAUCUGAAAAUAAAGGGAAAGUCUUGGUUGUUUCAAAUCGUUUACCGGUUACUAUUAAGAGAUCUCCAGAUGGUCUGUACGAUUAUAGUAUGUCCUCUGGAGGAUUGGUGACUGCAUUACAAGGAUUGAAGAAGUCGACUGAAUUUCAAUGGUUAGGAUGGCCAGGACUUGAAUUGCCGAUUGAUGAACAAGCACGAGUUAAUAAAGAUUUAAUGGAUAAAUUCAAAUGUACUGCGAUUUUUUUAAGUGAUAUGAUUGCAGAUCUUCAUUAUAAUGGGUUUUCAAAUAGUAUUUUAUGGCCGUUAUUUCAUUAUCAUCCUGGUGAAAUGAAUUUUGAUGAAAAUGCCUGGGCAGCUUAUAUUGAAGCAAAUCGUCAAUUUGCAAGUAAAAUUGCUUCUCAAGUUGAUGAUAAUGACUUAGUUUGGGUUCAUGAUUAUCAUUUAAUGUUGCUUCCUCAAAUGUUAAGACAAGAAUUAGGAAAUUCCAAAAAAAAUGUAAGAAUUGGAUUUUUCCUCCAUACUCCUUUCCCUUCUUCAGAAAUUUAUAGAAUUUUACCAGUCAGACAAGAAAUAUUGACCGGGGUUUUAAGUUGUGACUUAAUUGGUUUCCAUACUUAUGAUUAUGCAAGACAUUUCUUAAGUUCAGUUUCUCAUAUUGUUCCUAAAGUUAAAACUUUACCAAAUGGUAUUGAAUUUGAAGGUAGAUCAAUUAGUAUCGGUGCUUUCCCCAUUGGUAUCGACGUUGAUAAAUUCACUGAAGGUGUUACUAAAGAUUCUGUUGUUGAACGAAUUAAUCAAUUGAAAAAUAAAUUUCAAGAUACUAAAAUCAUCGUUGGUGUUGAUAGAUUAGAUUACAUUAAAGGGGUUCCUCAGAAACUUCAUGCUUUUGAAGUUUUCUUAACUGAAAACCCUGAAUGGAUAGGUAAAGUUGUUUUGGUUCAAGUUGCGGUUCCUUCUCGUGGUGACGUUGAAGAAUAUCAAAGUUUACGAGCUACUGUAAAUGAAUUGGUUGGUAGAAUCAAUGGUAAAUUUGGUACUGUUGAAUUUGUUCCAAUCCAUUUUAUGCAUAAAUCAAUUCCUUUUGAUGAACUUAUUAGUUUAUAUCAUAUCUCAGAUGUUUGUCUUGUUAGUUCUACUCGUGAUGGUAUGAACUUGGUUAGUUACGAAUAUAUCGCUUGUCAAGAAGAAAAAAAUGGUUCUCUUAUUCUUUCAGAGUUUGCGGGGGCCGCCCAAUCAUUAAAUGGUGCUAUCAUUGUAAAUCCUUGGAAUAUUGAAGAAUUAAGUGAUGCUAUAAAAGAAAGUUUGACUUUACCGUCGGAAAAGAAAAAACUCAAUUUCCAAAAAAUGUUUGACUACAUCUCAAAAUAUACUUCUGGUUAUUGGGGUGAAAGCUUCGUUAAAGAACUCUUCAAGUGUAAUGCUGAUAAAUCAUAAACUCUAUAACUCUUUUCUCCGUUCACUUCUUCUUAUAAGUUUAUACGUCUACUUAUUUCUUACAAAUUUUACGCUCUUUAUAUAACGAUGCGAUACAGCAGUUGAAAUCA